AUGGGCAUUCCCUUGCAUCCGAUUCUCCGAGCAUCUCUUUGGGUGGCCGCCGCGCCCCUGGCCUUCUACGUCGCUCUCAUAGGGCUAGGCGUGGUACCAUUCUUCCAAAGACACUUCCUGUAUGCUCAUACCAUCAAUUCGCUAUGGUGGUCAGAUAUCAAUGCCCCAGAGGGCUGGGGGUUUGCCAAAAACCAGGUAACUCCGUUUCAGCUGCAGACUCCUGAUGGAGAGACAAUCUACGCUUGGCAUAUUAUGCCGCUGCCUCUCUAUCUGCAGCACGAAGCCGCAGUAGCAACUCAAAAGAUUGGCCUCUGUGAUAAUUUUACGCAAACCGAGUCGUUCCGCCUGCUGGCGAACGAUCCAGAGGCGAGACUCAUCAUAUCCUUUCAUGGGAAUGCUGGACACAUUGCCCAAAACGAGCGGCCAAACAGCUACCAUGCCUUGACUGAUACCUCGUCAUAUCACGUUUUGGCCGUUGAUUACCGCGGUUUCGGCCAUUCCACGGGCAUGCCCAACGAAACUGGCCUAAUUCUAGAUGCUGCCACCGUUGUCGACUGGGCCAUCAACGUGGCAAAGAUUCCCCCGAGCAGGAUCGUCUUGCUGGGCCAUAGUCUCGGAACUGCAGUUGCUAGUGGCGUCGCCGAGCGGUAUGCUCUCCAAGGAGUUGAAUUUGCAGGCAUAGUUCUAGUCGCGGCAUUCAGUGACUUGGCCACUAUGCUGAGUGGUUAUCGCUUCGGAGGCUAUGUGCCUGCUCUCGGGCCAUUCGCGAUGUGGCCGGCUUUCCAGCGGCUUCUCGAAAGGUAUAUUGUUGACAAAUGGCAUUCAGCCAACAGACUUGCAAACAUUGUACGCCACACCAGAGGCAGGCUGAGGAUUAGCUUGGUGCAUGCAUACAAUGAUAACGAUAUUCCGUGGACUGAGGACAAUAAGCUGUUCCACGCCGCCGCGAACGAGACGAUUGGCAUUCUCGAUGAUGAUGAAUUCAACGCUUGGAAAGAGUCGAAUACGGUUCGGACCAGUGAAAAAUCAUUCGUCACAACAUGGACAACUGGCGAAAAUAUAGUCAUUCGUCAGGAAUUGUUCCCUUGGGGCGGCCAUAACGAAAUUUUGAGCUUUGCGCCAGUCAGCUUAGCAAUUAUACGAUCAUUUGAUCUCGAAGGCACAGCGUACGAUUAA